UAGCGCCGUUAUUGACAGGAGCAGCAUAUACUUAUGAGUUCGCGGCGUCAGAGCAAGCCCUCCCGGUGCCGCUAUCCGCGGAGCUUCUACGAUCCAUCACAUCUGGUCCAGAGCCUCUGUGUGGACCCGACCAGCGGCGAAGGCGGCACCGCACUGUCGGGGAUCGACAGCCGCAGCGGUCAUAGCAGCACUACAGCUGAAGACGCGCACAGGCAGCUAACGCUGUACGAAUCAGUGAAGGGGUUGUUCGGCUGGCUUGCAAAGGACAGCGGCUGCGGCGGGCUGGGCGAUGUCGACUGUCUGAGGGAGCAGGCAGCGGCUGCGCUGGCCUCAUCAGGCGGGGCGCUGGCGGAGCUCGCCGCGCGCACAGCCGCCACUUGCGGCCUGGGCCCGGCACAGCUGGCCGACGCGGCGGGACACAUGGCGGCGGCGCUGGCGGCGCUGGCGGCGCCGGAGCGGCGGGCGGCGCUGGUGGACGCCGCGGAGCACGUGGCCCGGGCGGGCUGGUGCACGUGCGGCGGCCAGAAGCAUGCGCCGCACGGCCAUGGCGGCGGGCCGCAUGGGGGCGCGGGAGGCGCGAGCGCGCGAGCGGCAGCUGUGCACGACGAUGCGGGACGGGGGCUGGAGAUGGGAGGGGAACAGGAGGCGGAGGAUGGGCGGGAGGAGCAGGAGCAGGAGCAGGAGGUUCCGACCGGGGCAAGAGGAGGUGGCGACAGCACCGGCGCCACCGGCGCAGCCAGAAGUGCGGGACUCGAUGCAGGUGACGUGUUGCCUCUGGGUUCGUCACGGUCAGCGGGCAUGGACACAGCUGGGGCGGCCGGGGAGGACGGGUCAGGCCUGGGACAGGUGGGACUGGUGCUCCGGCAGUACCGCCCUGGAGCGGUGGUGGUGUGGGUCAGUGACGACGGCGCCGUCGUUCGUCAGGAUGCAGCAGUAGCAGGAGCAGCUGAUGAUGACGGUGACGGCUACGGCAGUAGCAGUAGCAGUAGCAGUCGCAGUAGCGGUGCCGCGGCCAUCGCUACAGCCAGCGGCGCGCCUGCACGGCGGCUGAACAGCCACUACCAGCAUCGCCGCGAUCAGCACCGCAGCCGACAUCGCGACCACCCAAAACCACACCCGCAUCCACAUCCGCACCCGCACCGCCACCAGCACCGGCGGCGGCUGCAGCAGUCUGCGUCGGCGUUCACGUCCUCCCCGGGCGCCAUGAGGAACGUGCAGUACAACUACUACCUGCCGCCAGUGCCGCCGCCGGAGCCCAGCUCCUACCCGCCCAAUGUGCUACUGCCGCUGGUGUUUCACGUGAUGCUGUACAGGGAUGCGGCAACUGGGGUGGUCGGGCCGCCAGGCUACGACUCGGCUCCGGCGCUGGCCGCCCGCACGGUGGCGGCAGUGAACCUGCUGGCCAGCGGCACCGGCGUGCGCUUCUUCCUGCAGGAGGUCCGCGGGGACCCACAGCGCUACCCCUACCUGCUGGUGGGCGGCCCGGCGGACUGGCAGACGUGCGGCGCGGUGGUCAGCGGCGGCCUGGACGAGUCGGCGGCGUCGCCCGACUGCCUCAGGGCGCAGGGGGUCAUGGUGGACUUCCCGCGAGCCAUCAAUGUCUACUUCGUCGGCAGCAGCACCCUCUUCGCGACGCCCGGCCUGGGCUCCGCCGGCUCCAGCCCGGUGGGCAGCCGCUCCGAGCUGCCCGUGUGGCUGGCCUGGAACAACCUGGACGUAACAGCUCGCGGCGGCACCAACGGCCCCGAGUCCUACAACGCGGGUUCGUCGGUGCUGUGGCACGAGCUAGGCCACUACCUGGGACUGAGUCACACCUUCCCCACAGACGGCAAGUGCGCCGACUCGGACGGCGUGCCGGACACGCCCAACGUUGCAGCCACGGCCAGUAGCCUGUACCUGGACAAGCGCCUGGCAGUGGACCUGAACGACCACUGCUACACAGUCUUCAUGAGGGACCUGCAGGGCGAUCUGGGCGCCGCACCAUCGCGUGUGGGCAUUCCGGACUCGGACAAGAACGCCUGGGCAGACACCUGCCCCGACGACCCGGGCUAUGAUGAGCUGGGCAACUUCAUGACCUACACACUGCCGUCGUGCCGCGCCGGCCUUGGGCACAUGACACCCGGCCAGGUGGACCUCAUGCACGCCGAGCUGCGCUCCAACCGCCACAUAUACGAGUGGGGCCGCUACUGGGCGGAGGUGCAGCCGCCGCCACAGCUGCUGCCGCAGCAGACGCAGUCCGAUGGCGGCGCAGGUGGCGGAGGUUGUGGCAGCGGUGGCGCAGGCGGCGGCGGUGGCACAGACCCGGGCCGCCCGGACACCGCCCUCUGCACGAGCCCGCUGCGCUACCCGGGCUGCGCCUGCAAGGACCUGUGGCUCAACUACCUGCCCGAGGACCGCUCCCCCACCAGUGCGGCCAACCUGGCGCAGCGCGGCACGGUGCCGGUGUGGCAGGGCGGCGGCUGCGCACCCUACUACAGCCGCAGCAACACGCGAGGCGACUGGGCGUGUGAGGUGGAGGACGGCUGCACCGUAAACGGCAAGACCUACGGCGGCGCCGGCGUGGCGCUCAUCCUGCCGUGCGAGGGAGCCAAGUUCAUGUGCACGGACCAGCAGCAGCAAGGUGACAAUUCCACAUUGGAGGAGGCCAUCUGCACUCGGCCGCCGUCGCUGCCGGGCUGCAGCUGCAAGCCCUCCUGGCGCCUGCGCGGCCGCACCUACCGCGCCGGCUGCGCCCCAGUGGGCGCACUGCUGCUGCAGGACCCCGCCAGCUGGUGGUGCGAGCUGGCGGCGCCGUGUGUGGUCGCCGGCAAGGCCUACCAGCAGCCCGGCACGUUCGCGCUGUGCGACGAGCGCGCGGCGGCCGUGUGCUCCACGUACCAGCUCUAUGACGAGCCGCCGCCGUCGCCGCAGCCGCCGGCGGCCAAGCCCUCUCCCAGCCCCAAGCGUCGGGCUGGCAAACCGUCGCCCUCACCGGCGCCCUCGCCGUUACCCUCGCCCUCGCCCUCGCCGGUGCCUCGUGUCAGGGGUGGCUGAGCUGGGAGGAGUGGGAGGAGUGGUUGUGGCGAGUUCACGUUGGCCCGGACGCACGCAACACGUCGCCUCGAUACGGUACUUCAAACCUGUGCAUGUGAACAAUAUAGCUAGUGGGCGUGCGGACUUAAAGGUUUGACAAGGAACGCGUGGUAAAGGUUAUACACUUGCAAUUGCGUUGGAUUGUGUACAUGAGCCUGCAUGGUGGCGGCACGGCGCGGCGGCGGCACGGUUUCGUGUUGAGAUUGCAAGGUUCCCUCAGUACAGUAGCGCGCUCAGCAGGAUGUGCAAAGGUAUGUGCGAUGUCGGAGUUCCAAAAGCACUGCCACGGUCCAUCCAACCAACUAUAUACCAAUAGCUGAUUUACUCCCAUUGUUUGAUUAUUGCUAAAGUGCAUGGAGGCAUGGAGGCAUGGAGGCAUGGAGGCAUGGCGGCAUGGAGGCAUGGCGGCAUGGAGGCAUGGAGGCAUGGAGGCAUGGAGGUAUGUACCAUACUGUUAGGUAGCAGACCCGCGGUAAGCAAGUAAGGCUCUGCGGUCUGCGGUGCCGUUUCCUAGGUGUGCCUGGCGUGGUGCACGAUUGAGGUAUGGCGUGCUCUCUUGGCUAAGGUAGGUGCGGCGGCGGGUGUGGCGUGGACCGGGAUCCAGCGGCUACAGUUCUGCCGAAUGGAUGCCUCGCCGUGGAGUGGGGCCUUUCGAGUGCAGAACGCUUACUGUACAGCGGCAGCGGAAAGGUAUGGCUAGGAGUGCAUUAAAAUUACUGUGACCGGUGGAAGCUUCAGCCCUUGAGAGUACUGCGAAGGGCGGAAUCCCAGGCAUUCGAGACUGCCGGCCUCGAACAUGUCAAU